CCGCAUGGACUUGCAAGUGAGGAUGGAAAAGAAAAGCAUGGAUCAUUACCUCCGCCGUCUGAAGCAGGAGUUGUUAUCCAUGAAGGAGGUCGGAGACGGGCUGCAUGAACAGAUGAACUGCAUGAUGGGUGCUCUGCAAGAGCUGAAACUGCUCCAGGUCCAGACAGCUUUGGAACAGCUGGAGAUUUCUAGCCACUCCAACCAGGUUUCAGGAAUUGGCCAGCCUCAGUAUUGUCAAAACAAUCAAGAGGUGCCAAGGGCAAGGUGGGAGGCCAGCAGGCAGACUGGGAAACUGCUGGGAAAGAGUCACUGGGACGGCUGCGGUUCUUCGGCCUUUUUGCGCUCGACUCCGGUGCCGCAGCCCACCAGCCCGCUUUACCAUGUCACUUUGCCAGACAGUAGCCACGGGCACAUCGCUUCCUCCCUUAACAGCAUAAGCAGUGAGGACGACUACCGUGCCAGUGGUCCUUCAUCAACCGUGAGCACAGCAGAGUACCAUUCGCCCAGGACGUGUGAGUCAUCCAGCGAGCGCAGAAGCUGGUAUUCCCAAGACACAAGCAGCUUGUCUGAGAGCAAAUCGGGUUGCGGAGAAUGUCAGCUCUCUGACGAGCCUAACGACUGGACUUCCUCACUGAUGUCUCAAAGCAGGAAUCGGCAGCCUCUGGUCCUAGGUGACAACAUCUUUGCCGAUUUGGUUGGGAACUGGUUGGAUUUGCCUGAGAUAGAGAAAAAAGGAGAGAAGAAUGAGACGUCCCUGUCAAGCAGCAAGUCCCAGGAGUUCUACAGGAAGUUCUCCCUCACGGCCAAUAUCUUCAAGAAGUUCUUAAGGAGCGUCCGGCCAGAUCGAGACAGGUUGCUCAAGGAGAAGCCGUGCUGGCUACCGACGGAAGACAAAGAGGCAGAAAUCUUAAAGAGGCCCAAAAAAGUAAACAAACAAAAGGGGACCUUUUACUUCCCAGUCCACGGGAACAUACCAAACUCUCACGACAAAACAGAGAGGUUCCAAAAGAAGGAAGCGAGCAAGACCAAGGCCAAACAUUGUGCCAAGACGAUCCAAAGCACAAUAGACCACGCUCCGUCGGGGUUUGAUUUUAACACAGCUGUAUGGGUCUGAACUUCACGUCUGGUCACCUCCUUGGCCUAAAGGGUUCCAUCCCAAAUCAGAGAUGAAUCAGGGGGAGAAAGAGGAAAGAGAGAGAUGCCAGACAUGGGAUAGGUUGAAG